AAUCUCCGACGCUGCUAUCCCCUGGUCCCUCUUGUAUUUUACAAGCCCAACUCCUCCCGCAUCUGCCAUCAUGCCACCAAAAUUAAAAGCAAAACCCCGACCUGUUGCAAGGCGAGGGGCGGCAGGAUCUAAUCCAGGUGAUUCAAUUACACCCCUAGAAAGCUCCAAUGAUCACCCAGCAGCUGGCGCAGAUCCUUCUUCAGCGGUAGCCUCCGUAACUGAGCCAGUACAGCAUCUUCCAAUACCCCCUCCGGUCGGCCGUUUGGACAGUUUAUCAGCGGCUCGAACCCCUUCUACCAAUACCCGGGGAGCGGCGGCCCCAUUAGUCAAGUUCAAACCCAGAAAUCCUGGUAGGCGCACACAAGAGUGAGCAAUUAGACCUACUAUCUUUUACCCAACUUCUGCAGCCCAUGCUAAUCCCCCAAAAAAUAGAGAACGAGAAAACCUCAAUGCUAGGUUCCAACAUGCCACCGAUCCAGCGCCUCGCCCCCGAGGUAGCGGGUCCGAUCGUGGCACCAGAGGUAGGAGGGGUGGGCGAAGCGGAAGAAGUGGAAGAGGUAGCUACGACGCUGUAUCCGCUUAUGCGCCAGCUACAGCAUCAGGGCCUUUCGCUUUGGGGAGUGUCUCCGCAGGUGGUAGGUCAAUUCACCGUUCCGGGGCGUAGUUUCCUAACGUUCUACAGCUCCAAGAUCCAAGGUUGCCGUUGAGCGUGGCAUGGGUCGCGAAAAAUACAAAGAAUUCGCCAGAUCCGGCGCGAAACGUGACAUGAAGGCCCGAGCAAGAUUUGAGGGCGAAGGCGAGGAUGGGCAAACUCCUGGAUAUACAUCAUCGGACGAUUCUGAUGGUCCUAGGAUGGAUGUGGAAUAUAUUUCAUUUCUAGAUGGAGACAACUCUGACGACGAAAAUGGCGAUAAGGUAAUGGAUGGCAGAUCAAGUCAUUGGGGCGCAGGUGCACCUGUCAGAGUCCCUCGAAGCGAACACGUCGACCGGACUACCGUGGUCAACACAGAUGCUAGCUCGAAAAAAGGCAAAUUAGACCCAAGAAUCAAGAACGAGAGCCCGCUCGAAGAUUCAAUUAAGGUCAAAGAGGAGCCAGAGGAUUACAACACCAAUACUGAGUGGCUUUCCUCACCAGGGGCUUCAAGGAAAACCAAAGCCCCUACCUCAUCUCCAGAAAUAAAAAAGAAGGAAACCAAAAUACACACAAAGAGACGGCGUUCGAGUUCUAACAAGGCGAACCCCUUGCUCGCGAGUGCCGAGACGAAAGAGGAACUAAAGGUGGAGGAAAAGGAUCGGCUCAAGACACUGGAGGAAUUGGCAGGGAGUUUUACCGAUAUUAAGCUCGACAAGGACGGUGACGCUAGCAUGGUGAGUACAUCCCUCACUUCGCGCCGUUGUGUUCGUAUUCCUAACUAUCCCCAGGAUGAGGCGGUGCGAGAGCCAGGGAACUCGGAAACCGAAAACCAGAUCUUCUUCUUCCAGUUUCCGAGCAUGUUGCCACAACUUGUCGCCCCCCCAAUCCAACAGAAAGGGCCAUGGGAUGCCCCCGUCUCACAAACUGGCCCAAACCUAACACCCACAGAAAAGCAUAGGGUGGGAUCCUCCACUGUAGCCCCUUCAGAUAUUAACCCCAUACCUCUUACUACGAGUCUUCCCCAAACAUCGGCCCCUCCCCCAAACUCCGCGCCCCCGGAAACUAAAAUGCCCCCUCCCCCUAGUAUUCCUAAACAAAGCUUAAAAGCUCAACAGACAUUAUUAGAAGCGUUCCCUCCUCCAGGUAUAGCAGGCAAUCUUCGUGUUCACAAAUCUGGUCGCAUGACGAUUCUCUGGGGAAACCCGGCAGAUGGUGAACCAUUUGAAAUGGAUGUUUCCCGGGGGACCGAUUGUCUAUUUUUACAGGAAGCCGUUGUAGUCAAAUUGACUUCCCCUUGGGGGGAAGAGGAUGUGGAUGAAAAGGGGGUGCGGAAGGGUGCAGCUUUUAGCCUGGGUCAAGUGAAAGGGAGAUUUGUAGUUUCUCCUGACUUUGACGAUUUGGCUAGGAGCGAGAAGAGGCGAACGAGGAAAGGCAAGGCAAAAGAUCGCGAAGCGGUCAGCUAAAUUAUUUCUUCACGUCGCUUACACGCCGGUGGCUCGACGGGGCACGAGAUAGUUAUGGCGCGCGUUAUGUUUUCUCAUGCCCUCUGUUAAAGCUCCUCCCUACUGCAAGAGUAGUUAUGGGCAUUCUAGAGCUAUACGAGACCCAACUUUCGUUAUUUGUUCCUUCAACCAAAGCGUUGUACGGCACACACGGAACCCUGAUUAUGACUUAGGUCCCAACAUUCCCUACCUUACGAGUGAUACUUCGUGGAGUGAAUAGCCCACUGUGGGCCAUAACGCAGCGUAAUCUACGUCACCAAACCUGAUAAUACAGGCAAGGCUGCAUUUGCUACAAGCUGGUCAUCACGAUUAUAGAUAUUACUAGAAAGACUCGUAAGUUAGGUUUAAUCACAACGGACGCAAUCAUCAACAUCAUCGCCACCCUCAGAUGUCGUACGCCCCAAGCACUCUCCAAGCAGAAUCGAUAUAUUAACCCCCUCUAUCCUCCCUUCCUUCCUUCUUCAUCCCUCGCUCUUCACUCAACUACCAAUACAAACGUCACCCCUCAAACGAUUAACUCUACCCUUUUCUCUAUUCGCGCCUUUCCCCCUGUCACUCCAAAUGUCUUCUGAGAAGAACCAGACCCAGGCCAAGCCCUCCUCUGCUCCCGAACAGACGGAAUCUGGUGAUACAAAAGGGUCUCCUCGGGCUCCGGCCGUUUCAACAUUCUCCGGGGACUGCCUAGCAAGGGGAACCUACUCCUGCACUCUCAGAAGAAGCAAAGCUUGCGAGAACACAGAUACGGCGCACGCCCCCAUUAACGAGAAGUGUGAUCCUAAGCCAACCGCCGGAGAGAAGGUCACUGAGGAGACUCCUGGCAAAGGUAUGCUCAGCGGACAACGGUUCGCGGCUAUUCUAACACAGUCCUAGCGGAACUUACAACGCUUGAGGCUACUGAUCCGGGUGCUGGAUCCUGCUGUCUGAAGCCCGAUUCUAGAAAGUGAGCUUCUUUCAUGAUGCCGGGAUUCGAGGGACUAACUGUUGAUAGGAACUAACCCUGAAAGGGCUUUAACUAUUGCGGAUGUGGAGGCUAUUGAGCAAUGGCACGGGGGAGUGGGAUGGCUGAGUGGAUAAACCUAAGCCUGGUGAUUGUUUUGUGCUUGCCGUUGGUGUUUGUUUUGUCAAUUAUUAUAGCGGAAUAGACAUUGGUUCUUUUCCUUGCUUUUCCCUUUUCUCCCCCCGUGUCCCAGAUUUGAAGAAUGGCGGUCACUAUCCUAUAAAGUACGCCGCCUGAAACUUGUGCGGGAAAUAUGAGCGACCCUUGCCAUUGACAAGGCACCGUGAGGUGUCCGUAGUCGAUCACAGGACGUCACCCGUAAAGUACGAUUUCCGGAGAUGCUUAAGGGAAUACCCCUAGAGUUUGAGGAGGCUAUGCCAGAAGUCCAUGGCGACGCCGGACGUCACCCAGCCAAUGCUGCAAAAGGGGUUCGCUAA